ACAUCCAAUAACUUUUCACAAAAAUAUGGAAAGAAGUAGAGGUUCAUCAUUUAACCAACAUGAAGAUGAGUUGUUAUGUCGUGUCUAUUUAGAAAUAUACCAAGAUUCCAUUGGUAGCAAUAACCAAUCUCUAGGAAAAUUGUGGGAAAAAAUUGAAAAUAGUUACAAUGAAAAAAAAGAUGAGUGUUGGGAAAUUAGAAGCAUCAGAUCUUUACAAGGUAGGAUGACUACCAUUCUUUAUGCUGUUCGGAAUUUGAAGAGCUGCUUAUCCAAGUGGUGCAUCUGAAUUUGACAUUAUGGAAAGAGCUAAGAAAUUGUUGGUACAAGAUCCAAAACUUAAAAAAGGUUUUAAGUUUGAUCAUGUGUGGUUUUUGAUGAAAGAUAUCCUAAAAUUUACCGAUAAUGUUAAUAUUGGUAUUCACGACACUCCUAAUACUGAGAAGAAUAUCAGUGGAUAUCCUACAUCACAAUCUCCAGGCCUGUCUUCAUUUUCUAUCAAUUUAAGUAGUGAUGAUGGAGGAUCGAAUUCAUCACAAUGUCCGAUUGGAUCAAAAAAAGCGAAGAUUGCAGAAGGUAAUAGUUCAUAUGUUGACAAUUUGGUUUCAUUAAAUGAAAAACUCCUUGAUAUCUUACAAGAAAGUGCAUCAAGUAGAGAAAAAGGUUUUGAGAUAGCUCAAUUACGUGCGCAAAAUCAAGCGAAAAAAUUAGCACUUCAAGAAAUUCAUGAAGAAAAUAAAAUGUUGCUAACAAAUUUAGACUCUAUUGUUGAUUUUACUACUCGUGAGUUUAUCCGAUCUCAACAAGAAAGAAUCAUCAAGAAAAGAACUCAAGAACAACAACAACAACCUUCAGUUGCACCAGUAUAUUAUGGAAACUAUUUUGGUGUCAAAAGGGGUCAAAAUCCCAAAACGAAUCCAAGCUCCCCUCGUGUUCUCUCCGGCUCCGAUUCCCGUGUGCUCUCCGUCGUGUUCUCUCGGGCGUGUUUGACGGCAAAUCCUUCCUCCUUCCUCCUUCCUCUUUCCUCCUUCCUCCUUCCUCCUUCCUCCUUCCGGCUUCCUCCUUCCUCCUUUUGGCUUCCUCUUUCCUCUGCUGUAAAACGGUAUAGGGAAAAGGCGUACGAAGCUUUCAUCACUGAUUAA